AUGAUUGAUGAUGAACAACUGGGGUUUCUCGCCAAUUUUCUCGGCAUUUUUAUAUUCGCGCUGGUAAUUGCUUACCAUUACGUGAUGGCUGACCCAAAAUAUGAAGGAAACUGAACUAAUUAUGUUAUUUCUACUUUUAACUUUUUUUCAUAUAUAUGGAACUAAUUUAGAAAAAAACUCAAUACAUUCGUAUUAGACUCCUAUUUUUUAUAUGAAUUUAUAUUAUACUAUGUUAGUUCUAUUUGCACCA